AUGAAUGAAAGGGCAAAUUUUGAAGUGGAAAGAGCACGUCUCGAGAAAGCUAUAAGUGUACAGCAGGAGCAAAUUGUGCAAGCAUCACGAGCUCUAUCAUUCUGCCACAGCACACAGGAAUUUCGAGGAAGCCGAGAAGAGGUACAAAAAUUUCGAACUCCAAAUUCCGCUGUUUUUCGAGGAUCAAACAUUACCAGCAAGGAUAAUUUGGAGAUUGAGAGCUAA